AAUCACUGGUUACAACACGAAAUACGGCCUGUAGAGUGGCCUUGCUAACUUUUCGUUCUGGGAGCUUUUCAACUGUUUCUGUAUUUUUGUCAACCGUUCAUUGAAUUUCUUUUUCACCCUGCUUUCAAAAACACCUUCAUCUGCUGAAACAUUGCAAUACGUCAUGGAUCAUCAAAUGUUUAAAAUAUACAAUCUGGAAGAUUUUAACAGAAUCACAAAAGGAAUUAAAGUUGCACAAUGCAUGCAAUCUCGAUCGUCAUCUGUUUCAGAAACUGAAAAGGUAUUAAGUCAAUUAGAUGACUUAGUUGUAUCAGACUCCUUAAGUUGUUCAUUUUGCAAUGCAAUAUUUGAAGAUAAAGCACAACAGAGACUUCAUUACAAAUUAGAUUGGCACCGGUAUAAUUUAAAGCAACGUUUAAAUGGAUUGAAGCCUAUUAGUGAGGAUAAGUUCAGUCUCUUAGCUGAUGAAGGGGAUGUUUCAAGCUUAUCUGGAAGCGAUGCUGAGUCUGAAAAUGAGGAUGAGACCUACAUCUCAGAAACAGGUAAUUCUCCAAGUGGACUUGGGGAAAAUAAGAGCACUGCAGUGAAGAUCAAGAAAACAGAGAGGAAAGCAAGGAAUGCAGAGUCAAUUUCUGAUAGUUCAGACACAGAAUGUUCAGAUGAAACAGUGAAAGGGAAAAAACUUGAAAGUUUAAUGGUCACUGCUAAUCGUCAUUCAAAAGUUUUCUUUGAAAAUGAUGAUGGAAAUAUAUUCAGUAUAUACAGGUGUUUACUCCAUCAUAAGAAGGAAAUUCCUGAGGUAGACAAUGAGAUGAUUGCUCAAGCAUUAAACAGCGGGAGGAAAACAACGUGGACCGUUAUCAUGAUUGGUGGGGGGCAUUUUGCUGCUGCUGUAUUUCAAGAUGGAGAACCAAUUGUGCAUAAGACCUUUCAUUUUUAUACUGUAAGAGCCAAGCAAGGAUUUGCCCAAAGUUCACGUACGACUAAUCAUCCGAAAAGCGCAGGUGCUAGUUUGCGUCGUUAUAACGAAGCUUCGCUUCUUCAGCAUGUACAAGAUAUACUCGAAUCAUGGUCAUCCCAUAUUAACAAUUCUUCUCUGAUUCUAUACAGAGCGGUUGGACCGUAUAAUCGUACUGUAUUAUUUGGAGGAAAAAAUCCGCCUUUAGAUAAAAAUGAUGCAAGACUAAGACCACUGCCGUUCCCUACUCGUAGAGCAACGUUUAAUGAAGUUAAAAGGGUGUAUGAUAUAUUAAGUACUAUGGAAAUUUAUGGAUCUGCAGCUGACUUUACGGAUUGCUUUCCUAUUUCACCGCGACAGCCUCUGAGGAAGAAAGUUUCAAAAGUUGAGGUAAUCGAUGAAACUUCGGAAAAAGUUGAGAAUGAAGAAUACGAUUCCAUUACUGCCAAUAACAUACGUAAUCCCCAAGAUAACGAUAAGAAUAAAAUACCUGCUCAACCAUCUCCUGAAAGACAACAGAGAAAUUCUCGGUCUCAUAUAGAUAGAGCGAAACCAAGAAAAAGUCCGUGCCGUCCUUUACCAGAUAUUGUUGCAAAGUUAGCACGGUCAUCUUCGGAAUCAGAGCUAGACAGUCAGAUAGGAACUGUUGGUGUACCAAUGGAUAUUACUCUGGUCGAGCAAGAAUUAGAAAUCGAAUUUAAUGAACAUUUACUAGCUUUCCAAGAUACUGUACCGAGAUAUAUGAAAAACAAGAAAACUCGACGUCAAAGAAAGAAACAGAAAAAGGAUGACUGCAUUAUGAACGAAUCGCUAAUUAGCGCAAAGAUGAAGUUAUGGUCGGCGUGCAAAGUAGGUGACAACGAUCUACUGUCGUCUGUUAUUGAUGACUUACUAAUGGAAGCAGAAAAAAAUACAGAGUUGGAGGAUCAGAACAAAGGAGAUACAACUGUUGAGAGUAACUCGAUCAUACAUAAAAAUGAUGUAACAAAGUUGGUGAAUGAUCCCAACGAGGAUGGUAAUACAAUGUUACACGUAGCAGCUCUGAAUGGGCAUCUAAAAUCGGUGUGGCGAUUAUUGGAAGCUGGUUCAGACCCCUGUAACAAAAAUAGAAAAUUACAAACUCCAUAUGCAGCAGCGAACGAUAAGGAAACUAGAAACGUGUUUAGGAGAUUUAUGGGCGCCAAUCCCGAUAAGUUCAAUUAUAGUAAGUCUCAAAUACCUGGACCACUUACUGAUGAAAUAGAACAAGAGGAAUCGGAAAAAAAGAGACAAUAUAGAAAACUGAAACGAGAAAAAGAAAAGUUGAAAAAGAAAGAAUUUGAUUUGAAGAAGCAGGAGGAAGACGCUAAGCAGAGAUUCCUUAAUCUUAACGAUAGAGAAAAGAGAGCAGUAGCAGCUGAACAACGUAUUUUAAAACAAGGAUGCUCUGUGGUUUCACGAUGCUUUCAAUGUGCUGUCAAUAUGGCUGGUCAGGUACCAUUCGAGUACAAUUGCAACCGUUUUUGUUCUAUGCCAUGUUUGAAAGAGCAUCGUCUUCGCAACAAGGUUGUUACUUGAUGGCAUUCUAUGUAUGAAAUCGCAGUUAAGUUAUACUUUUAUAAACGUACCGUAUGUUGUCAAAAUGUACAAAUUACAAUAAUAGUAUGAUUUGUGCACCUGUGUGCAGAGGCGAUUAAAGGAAAUCAUCUAUGCACGCACGCAUGUGAAUAAAGUUAAAAUGAAAUACACUUAUAAUUUUCGGCAAUAAUAAAACUUAUACAGUAAAGUAAA